AUGAGUCAGAACAUAUCCUGUGAACCGAAAAUUUGUGAGGUAGGCGGAGGCGGCCUACUUUUGCCGUUAUUCAAAGAAGAUGAACAAAAAUGGGACAUGGGACUUCGUGCUGUACUUUAUUUUACUGGCCUGCUUUGGUCCUUUAUGGGUGUAGGAAUCGUGUCAGACAUUUUCAUGGGAGCCAUUGAAAAGGUUACUUCGAGGAAGAAACGGGUUUUCAGCUCGAACUUGCAAACUUUCAUAACAGUAAAAGUGUGGAAUGCAACUGUGGCCAACUUGACCCUCAUGGCAUUGGGAUCCAGUGCUCCAGAGAUCUUGUUGAGCGUCAUAGAAUUGCUGAAGAACAACAUGUAUGCCGGAGAUUUGGGGCCGUCAACCAUUGUCGGGAGUGCGGCCUUCAACCUUCUUUGCAUCACAGCCGUCUGUGUUUCUGCCAUCCCAGAAGGGGAAGUGCGCAGAAUCAAAGACAUAGGGGUUUUCGCUGUGACAGCAACGUUCUCCGUGUUUGCCUAUCUGUGGCUGCUGAUUAUUUGCAUGUUGUGGACUCCUGAUGUCAUUACAAUUGAAGAGGGGUUGAUCACAUUCUUCCUCUUUCCGGUGCUUGUCCUGAUUUCCUACAUGGCGGUGGACAUCUCAGUCCUUCACUUCAUCCAGCUGUCCUUCAGCCAGAAAAAAGCAGAAAGUUUGGGUAGUGCUGCACCUGAGAAUUUUGUAGCUGGGAAGAGUCCUGCAAGUGCUGCACCAGUCUGCAGCAAUCUGCACCAAUCUGCACCAACUCGCAAGGACAAGGGCUAUUUCACUGGCAAGAAGCAAAAUGCACAAGCGCAGAAGGUCCUGCUGGAUGCUGCUACAGAGCAGGUGGGGCAGAGUUGCAGGACUAAAGCCGUCACUGCAAACGAUCAAAUUCGAGUCAGCUGCUUUGGGCCUGGUCAGGAAAUCGCCACCAUGAGAAUGCGUAUCCUGAAGAAGCACGGCACUGGUAUUCCAGAUGCCGUCCUUGCAUGUCUUGCAGAAUCUUGCAGAAUCUUGCAGAGUUGGCUUCGGGAAACUGUGCGUAUCCAACCACCUUUGGAGGACAAAGUUGUGGCUUUGAUUCGGGAAGAGUUUGGUGCAGUCGUUCGGGCCUCGAGGAAGAACCCUCAAGAGCAGCUCGGCGGAUGGCUGCCACGGAGAAGCUCUUUGGAGGUGGCAGGAGCUCAACGGGUUGAGAUGUCGACGAUGUCAGGUGUUGCAGUGUUGCGGCGUUGCGUGCCUAUCAAGCUCUCGCCAGAUGAGGGCCCUGCAAAAACAAACAUCACGUUUGAAUUUGAGCACACAGAGUACUCCUGUUUGGAGAGUUGCGACACGCUGGAGCUUGUCAUCACCCGAGAGGGUGAUACUACAGCUAGCCUCGGCAAGGGAGCAGUCAUGUACAGGACGAAGGAGAUUUCAGCCAAAGACGGGAAGGACUUCAUCGCAGUACAAGGAAAACUAGAAUUUGACGAGGAUGAAGAUCAAAAGAUUUUGUGCAUCAAGAUUCUUGAUGAUGAUGAGCAUGAGCCUGACACAUAUUUCGAUGUUGAGCUCUCGGACCCCAAGACAGAGGACAGCAAUGCUGUAGUCAUUCUCGGGAAGAACAAAACAGCUCAUGUCCGGAUUGUUGACGAUGACGCAGUCGGAAUUCUGGCAUUUAGAUCAGCCGAAGAGAAGGUGGCAGAAGACUUUGCCGGUGAGAAGGUCAUCAACAUUGCAGUGCUUAGGCAGGCAGGUGCAAAAGGGUUAGUGACAUGCACCUACCGAACCGAAGAUGGCACGGCGAUCAGUGGCAUUGACUACGAAGAAGUCAGUGGCACACUGGAAUUCCCAGAUCAAGAGACUGAAGCUUUCAUCCCUAUCACCAUCAAGCCAAAGGGAUGCUUUGAUAGCACUUCAAUUUUUAGGUUGUACAUUGAAGAACCGACGGGAGGUGCAACCUUUGCACUCCACACUGAUGGUGGCGAGGAGUGCUGCAUUUGUACCGUUAUCGUUGGUACAGACGAAGGCACCAAAAGGAAGGCCGACAAACUCAUGCAGGCUUUCAAAGUGAAUUGGGACGUUCAGAUAAUGGCCAGAGACAACUGGAAGGAUCAAUUUGUUGAUGCGAUCUUUCUAGACACUGGGGAAGCAACGGACUGUGCUGUCGCAGUGGCCUGGUUUUUCCACUUGGUCACGAUGCCAUGGAAGUUAAUAUUUGCUCUCAUUCCACCAGUCGACUACUGCGGCGGAUGGCUUUGUUUCGUUUGCUCGUUAUCAAUGAUUGGCGGAGUGACAGCUCUCAUAGGUGAUCUAGCUGAGCUUUGUGGCUGCGUAGUCUCCAUGCCUGAUGCCAUCACCGCAAUAUCGUUGGUGGCGCUGGGUACCAGUUUGCCUGACACAUUUGCGUCAAAAACUGCAGCUGAGCAGGAUCCGACUGCAGAUGCAUCCAUUGGCAAUGUAACUGGCAGCAACUCAGUGAACGUUUUCCUUGGGCUUGGCUUGCCCUGGACGAUUGGAGCUAUUUAUUGGGCUGCCAUGGGUGGCCUCAGCAUGGCUCAAAAUCCUCAGCUUACGACCAUGUUUGCGACUGGUGGCAUGGCAGGUUCCUCAGGUUCCGGUGCGGUUCCAGGUCGUUCUGGAGAGGUUCUGGAACUGGCGGGCUGGGGUGGUUGCGCCGCAGUUAGGCUUUCCGUUGUUCCAGGUGGUUCCGGGGAGGGUUUCGGUUCAGGUUCCCAGGGCGGUCUCGGUUCCAGUCAAAGCACAAGACACAUUCUGAUAGGUGGCCGUAUUUUGCUGCUGCGCAUCCUGUUGCAUUCUGGUGCCUACCCGAGACUGAACCCUUCUAGAGAUGGUUUGUCGGCGGUGAGCUUGGAGGACCAAAAGGCACGGCUUCGCUCGGCGAACUGGAUGAAGCAGUUGGCACACCUUGUGUUUCUUCUGGGUGCUGCCGCAGAUUCUGCAACUCACGUUUGGCUGGAGCGCAACUCUGAUGGAAUUGCCAGCACUGAAUCUGUCUCCGUGGAUGAAACAGUGACUGUGCGCUGGGAUCAUUUUGUCAACGGAGACAAGGGAUGGUAUUCAUGGGGCUUUGUUCGAGAAAGCCAGACCAACAAUUUCUUGGGUUCUGUCACAGGCAACACUCAGCCAACAGGAUGUUUUGCCUGGCAAGUCCCUUCCAAACUCUGCGGACGACUCAUCAAGAUCGAGAUGUGCAGUGGCAGCCCCCCUCGGCGGACGAAGCAUGCUUGCCACAAGUCCACAGCCUACAGGGUCGAAGGGACUUGCGUGCCAGAUGUUCCACAGCCCACAACGACGACCACCACCCUCUUUGCUGCCUUGAAGGAGAUGGGUCCACUGGAUCUUCGGUCUAGAUCCCGCAGCUGGAAGCAAGACACCAGGGCCUCCAGGCGGAUGGAGAUGGUGAACACGGUGAACCAGGGCCAGGAAGAUUUCUCAGUGGCCUUAGUAGUGGUUUGGCUGGGAAAGUUACCACCAUAUGUCAGGGCCUUUGUAAAAAGUGCACAGGAUGCUGGUGUGAGCUUCUUCAUUUUUCAUACCCAUGCUGAGCUUGAUGAGCUUGGCAAAGAGACUCCAAGCAAUGUCAAGUUCCAAUACAUGCCUUUGGAGGAAUUGGCAAAGAGACUUUGGAAGAUUGAUGCGGUGCGCGGGCACUUCAAUCUAGAUUUCGAUGCGUUCACCCAGCGAGUUCAGGAGUGUUACGCUGACGACAAUCCUGCGAAGGGGAAUGACUUGAAACCUUUGUAUGGCGCACUUUUCCAGGAAGAGCUUGCAGAAUUCACACACUGGGGGUGGACUGAUUUGGACAUGAUUUGGGGGAAUGUUGGAGCUUUCCUGAAGCCCCUUCUCUCCUAUGAUGUGAUCUCUGCUCCUGAUGGUCAGAGACCUGCUCUAUACCUGUCUGGGCAGCUAACAGUUUUUCGAAACCAGGACAUUUGGCGUAGAUUUGUGGAUGGCUGCAUCGAUGGUCCUGGACAUGUCAAUUAUGGUGGUUGCUACGUUGAAAGUUUUCUCUCAGAGGCAAAUGUCUACUUCGAUGAAAAGAUUGCCAUUUGGUAUGCUGCUCUGCAAGGGGCGCAUAUGUUUUUUGAUUUUUCACUGAUCUUGACCGACGCCAGAUGGCAGAGGCUUGCAGGGCACCAACGACCACUCUUGAAGCGUCGCGAUGGGCGCUUGGCUGUGCCGCAUAUGAAUGGGCUCCCCUUUGUAGACAUUGAGCAACGCAACAUGGAGGUGCAUAUGCUGCAGAACGUGAGCAACUGCUUCAGUGAGUUUGGUGAGGGAUGGAGCUAUGUGUGCAUCCCAUUCGAUGUGGGAAGUGAUGCUUUUGGUGCAUCUUAUGAAGUUUUUCAGAACUACUUGUACCUUUGGCCUGCACCACUCCAUGCUGUGAAGAGCGGAAGCAGCGGAAACGAGUUUGCAGCAUUUCACUUGCACAAGAGCAAGCGAGCCUUUCAGGAUCUAUUGGACUGCGGAGCAACUGGUAGCUGGUUGUGCUACAAAGAGACGUCCAAAGUGACGGAGCAGAAAGAGCCCAGCGUCGGAACAGUCUGUAGCUGUUCGGAGUCUGAUGAAACCGGUGCAAUCACCAGGAUUGUGCCGACUUUUCCUAUCCCAAACAUCGUACACUUCGUUCUGACUGAUCGGGACACGCGAUUUUUUGAUUGGCCGUGCUAUGUUGCGAUUCGAAGUGCUUGGGAGAAGCUGCAACCUGAACAACUCCUGGUACAUGUCCUGGAUGGGAUUGAGCCGGGUACGGCAGCUGACUGGUGGCUCGCAGCAAAGCAAUAUAUCACAGCAGUUAUUCCGUUUGCCCGAACAGACGUCCCUUUGUCUCUGAAUGACGUGAAAAUCAGCCACCCUGCAUUCAUUGCAGACUUCCGACGCAUUCAAAUACUACGUGACUGGGGAGGAAUUUAUAUGGACACCGAUGCGUUGUCCCUUCGUAGCUUUGACAGUCUCAGAAGCUGGAAAGCUGUACUUGGGCGCCAAGGAGGCCAAGAGUUGCGGGCCACAGUUGGCCUCAUGAUGUUUGAGAAGAAUUCCCAUUUUUUGGAUACGUUGCUUGAGCGCAUGAAACGUGCCUACACUGGCGCUUGGGGAGUUCAUGCAGGGCAUGUGUUGGACGAUUUGCUUCGAGAAGUGCAGCCCAAAGGAGUUGCAAUUCUGGGGCACAGCAACGGUUUUUUCGCGUCGUCCUGGCUGGCAGAAGAUUUUGUUGAGCUCAUGGAGGAGUCUGGGGUGGACUGGAGCAGGUGUUGGUCUUUGCAUCUCUACAACUCCCAGACCAAGAAGUAUACAAAAGAUCCGGUGGAACUCUGCCAGAACCCAGCUUCACCAUAUCGAAGAGGAGACUUGUGCAAAGGAUUAGCCAUUGCUGUAGAUAUGCAACAGAUUUACCGCAUGGUUGGUGAAGGCUAUCCGCUGAUGAGCAGUCGGAUCCAAGAGGCUUUCGAGCAAAGAGCUGCAGAUCAACAAGCUGCAUUUUCGGAUCCGGUGUCGCACUCUUUGGAUGUUCAGCGGGCCUUGAAGGCGAAUGACGAGCUAUGA